AUGUCGCUUGUCUGCUCAGCGACGUCACCGCCAGAUUCGGGAAUGCUGCUGUGUCUUAAUGUGAUCAAAUCCAGUCUAGCCCACCAGGAUCUCAUCCGCGACUGCUCACGCGCGUUCGCAAAUCAGACCCUCUGCAUCCCGCUCUCCUGUCAGUACACCCACGUCCUGCAGGACGACGACACGUGCGACAGCAUCGAGGAGGCCAACUUCGAGACCAUGAUUGACCCCACCACGGGGAGACCCUUCACUCUCCGCGACCUCAACCCGUGGAUCUGCCCCUUCUGCACAAACCUCCACGACACGUCCACCGCGCACGGCCACGUCCUCUGUCUGACGCCGCAGGACGGAGUCUACAACGCCACAAACCCCGGCUACGGCUCCGGUCACAAUCCGAACGCCGGUCACUCUGGGUAUGGCAGCUACCUCGUCGAGCCUCCCGCAAACGCAACUGUGGCAGAGGGUACGACGCUGCGGUGCGGCAAGUGGCAUACGGCGGCUGAGGGCGAGACAUGCCCUGCUAUCUGUGUGCAGGCGGGAAUCACGCAUCCGCUCUUCGUCGCUGUUAACCCCUCGCUUCCGAGUGAUAGCGUGGCUUGUUCGGGGAGUGUUGUUCCGGGGGUUACGUACUGCACAGCGCCGUUGAGAGGGUGGAAUUAUACCGUUUCUUCGGUUUAGAC